CACCUCCCGCUCAUCUCUAUGGUAACGGGGGCGCCGCAGCGCCUCGCGUUGCCACGGCAACGGUGCAGGCCUUCCGGCGGCGGCCGGAAGUGGGGCCGUGCGCGGCGGCAGCAUGGCGGCGGGGUGGGAGCGCCCGCCGGUCGCCGCCGCCCUCACGCUGCUGUUAUCGCUCGGCGCCUCCGCUCCCGGGCUGUUGCGGGGAGUCCCCGCCGCCUCGCUGCGGCCCACCGCCCUGAGCGCGGGGGAAGUUCACAGGUUAAUUACCUACAUCUUUGUCUACGAAGACCUGAUAUCCUUGACCUGCGGUGCCAUUAUCAUCUGGUAUUUUGCCGGCAGCUUUGAGAAGAACGUUGGCACUGUGAAGCACUGCUUCCUCACCAUCACGUUUGCCAUCCUCUCUGCCCUCCUGUACCUCUUAUUUGAGCCCGUUGUCUCGAGGGUGUCGAAGGUGGAAGAUGCCAAAGGAUUCAUGCCAGUAGCUUUUGCUACACUGGGUGUCUCCACCACCCGCUCGCAGAUGAAGAGUACUUUGUUUUUUGGGGCUAGAGUUCCAGUGGUGCUGCUGCCGUGGUUUAUGCUCUGCAUAGCAUGGUUUAUCCCCCACUCUUCUCUCUUGAGUAACCUGUGUGGACUUCUAGUUGGGGAAGCCUAUGGUUUGGGCUACUGUUUCUGCUUGGAUUUUCCGGAGUCGGUGGGCUCUAAGCUGGACAGGGUGCUCCCUUUCAGUCUGCUGAAGAGGAUACCAGGGCUGAAAUACAUCCCAGGGUCCUUAGCAGAGAGAAGAGCAUCCCAAAGCCACAAUGCUGCUUUUGGGAGGAGGGACUGUCUUGCUGAGUGCUGAGCCUGUGUCUGCAUCAGCCUAACGCUUCUGCUAAUGACUGUUGUGCACAACCUCUCAGCUCUGUGUCUAAACCUGCUUUCUUUAGGUGAGAUGACAUAAAUAGACAGUUCUGGCUCAAAGGUAUUUACAUAAACAUUUGACUAUCAAGCAGGGCGUGGGAAGGUGUUUCUAGGAUGUUUCCAUUUCUGCAGCUAAAUUUGCAUGUCUCUGUGUCUUAGACACAAGUUCUGUAUGUGCUUCUGGGGCUUAAUUUUUAUUAUUUUGAUACUUAUUCCCAAGUAAGAGGUCCUGAUGGUUUGGGUUUUGGGUUGGUUUUUUUUUUUUCAAAUUUUUCCAGGCAUCAACAUGCCACCAGACAGAAGGCAUUUCUAGGAAGUUCAGGCUUUGACAUCGUGCUUAUGUCCGCAAUUAAAACAAAAAGCAAAACCAAACCCACACCACACAAGAAAAAAAAAAUUUAAAAAUUCCAAGUCUGAAAACCCCAGCAUGAGCCAGUGUCUUAUUCUUGCUGGGAAUCUGGUCUUCAUGAAUAAUGUCUUGAUUCUUAGCCCUCGUCUUGGUGGUGUGCGUGGGCUGAGCAGUACUCCUGAAGUCCCAGAGGCUUUGGCUUCUAGGCAGAUUGCCUCUCUCUUGAUACAUUUCGGUGGGAUGAGUCAUGCCUUCUGUUGGCAAAGGCUGUUUCUAGUCCUUGCUUCUGAAUGAUUAAUUUUAUUUGUGACUCCCUCCUCCUUCCCCUUUUUGCUCUAUACCCUGGGCUCUUACUCGCACCAAAGGCCUUUAUGGCUUCUUGAUAAAUAAGACUUGGCAGCUGUGACUUCUCCCGAUUAAUAACUUAGCAGAUGUGUCAUUCAGUGGAAGGCAGGGAGGAUGCGUAGGGAAAUCUUAAAGCAGAUUGCACUUUGGCUUGCCUGUUCCUUGCACAAAGAGAUUUGGGGCCAGGAGCCACGCUCGUUGAGUGGGUGUGGAACUGGUGUGGGUUGGGAGUGGGAACAUCUGUCCUGGGAGGGCAGUAAACCUAUUUUACUCCACUGCUGCUUAUAACACAAGCUUCUCUUGUUGCAGCGGAUCUCUCUGAUGGAUUGCAGUGGUCAGGAGGAAAUUACCCUCAGGGCACUUCCAGCCCUAAUUAAGCAAUGCCAGUUGUGAACACAAGUGUAACCUCCUGUUUUU